AUGACGUUUACUAUUACGGACUUGUCGUACAUCCAACCAGCCAAAUUGAAGGCAUGGAUAACUAAAGUGAAUUCGAGUCCACAGUUUCUUGUGGUGGAUGUUCGAGAUUCGGAUUUCAUUGGAGGUCACAUUAAAGGCUGCUUACAUAUACCCUCAGCUGAUAUUGGAUAUGAGAGUACCAAUAUUCUCACGAGAAUGUUUAAGCACGAUAUUACAACGGUGAUAUUUCAUUGUGCUCUCAGUCAGCAGAGGGGUCCUUCUAGUGCAAUGAAAUUUCUGCGAUACCUCAAUGAAGUACUUGAAGAUGCAACUGCAGAUCCUAAGGAGAAGGCAUUUGUAAAUAAAAUCAACGUCAGUGUUCUUAGAGGAGGAUUUGUAAAAUGGCAAGAGCUGUAUGGAAAAGACACUUCUGUGACCGAAGGUUACGAACAGAGCUUGUGGGAGUAA